AUGGCAUCAUUUCGUAGUUUGACUACAGACCGUCAGCCCUUUGAAGAGUUCAGGGAUAGAGCGUCGAAGGUCGGGCCUGUUCAGCAUAAUGGCAUCGAUUUGCAUCUUCUUGAAUGUCAGCUCGAAGAAGAAAGUAAGGGAACUGUCCGUGUAAUAUUCGCACCACGAGAUAUUCCCAUACCAAGAGAUACCGAGGGCCUACUCGAGCUUUUUGAGGCGUGCGAAAUCCCAAGCGCCUUUGUCGAUGAAAGCCUACAAGAUGUCUCACAGAGCUUCGCGGCACGCAACAACGUAGACGGCACGACCUUUGUAUGGUUCCAUUUCUUGUGCAAGACGGUUACAGUAGUAAAGAACCAGAUUGUGCACAUCGAGAAUGAUCGAGAUAUCGGUGGCAGUGAAUCCGACCAUCGUCGAGUGGCGCAGUUGCAGAGCCAGGCAAACUUUUCUUGGAUGAAACCAGGCAUCAUUCUCAAGAUUUGGGAGCAGCAACCAACUAACGAAAAGCCUGCUCGUACGUCAACUUCAGAUAGCGAAAAGACUUUGAUGGCCCCAGGAGUCCAAACCAGGGUCGAUUUAUUUUGUUUCGGGGCUCCAAGCACACUCCAUCAGCGCUUCCAGAAUUUGCUGACUACGGCAAAGCGUUCCGAAAUACUUGACGAUCCUUAUCUCUUAAUGGAGGUGGUAUUCGAAGAAAUGUACAAAGUGUUGGACGGGACUGGUUGGGCUGUUGCUGACAUUUUCGGACUCUCGGAGACGGAAACCUUGGAGCUAGCUACCAAACCAGGUCAAGCAACGGAAAAGCUCCCCAAGACCCAUUUCACUGGGCUUCAUAAUCUUGCAAAGCACACCGUAUACCUACGUGAGAACUGCGAUGCGGCCUUGGCUACCUUGGACGAUUUCUCCAACCACCAUAAGACGGUCGUUGGCGAAAGUCCAAACCCAAGCCAAAAGUUUGCUCGCCAGGCGUUGAAGUAUCGGAAGACGCUUUUCGAGUCGACACAGCGACGGCUCUCGAGUUUAGACGCCCGGAUAUCCAACAUAAUCCAGCUGUCCUUUCAUAUAGUCACCCAGGGUGACAGCAAAGUCAUGCAAUCCGAAAACAAGAGUAUGAAAACAAUUGCUGUCAUGACCCUUAUCUUCAUGCCACUUGGUACUGUAGCUUCCAUCUUUGGUAGCCAGUUUAUGAGGCUUCAGGAAGAGCCUCCUUAUAAGCUUUUCGUCUCGCCAGACUUUUGGCUGAUGUGGGUCAUCGCCGCACCCUUGACGAUUCUACUCAUAGGAAUUUGGUUAUGGUGGUACGACCACGAAAAGAAAAAGUUGCUGGAAGAGAGGGAGUCGGGACACGGCUAUGCCAGGCUGCAGCAGUCGUGGACACAGCUGAUAAACACAAGAAGUCAGGGUAACGUGUGAUGCGUGAAGGACUGUUGGGCGGGGAGAUGCACGUGCAUUUCAGGAUUGCGUCGCGCGCAGACGAAGCUAGUACAAACUUGGAUGAGCUACUUGAAGUAGGUCACAUUAUAGAUGCUGAGAAGUCUGUUACACUCGCAUAUCUACUUGCGGUGCAUAUGCCAAUCCGGAAAGCCUUGUGGUAACAACUCACGUCAAUGCCCAUGUUCGCCAAAUAUGUACCUAGGUAGUCCUUUCCAAUCGUUCAUUCUUAGA